AUGCGGUGGCUUCUCCUCGUUUCUUUAUUCACUGCUUUGUAUGCGGAUUUGCCAAGUUGUGCCCGGGCUCGUUGCCUGCAUUGUGAGGUGGAGUUCAUCUCGCGCAUGUGCCCUGAUGUCUGCUCGAGAUGCCCGGGAAGGGUGCAGUCCCCUGUGCCGCAGAACACGAUCCCGAGACAACCGGCGCCAAUCUAUCGCCAGCCACAACCUCAGCAACCAGUUCCAACACCACCACAACGCCGAGAAGCCCCACAACCACCGCCAGCGCAAAUUGUGCCUCCACCACGACCACAGCAACAACAACAACAACAACAACAACAGCAUUUUGUUCAACUGCAACAAACGCACUACUUGCCCACUCAGAAUCAGCCGCAAGCGCAACAAUUUGCUGCACCAAAUACACAGCCCCAACAACCACAGUAUCAACAGUAUCAACCUCAAAUCGUUGUCACUCAACCCCCACCCCCACCAGCCGUUACUCCAUCAAGAGAACAAGCUGUCACAUUGGCUCCAUUGAUUCAAAUGCCUUCUGCUGAGGAAAUCAAUCAACAAUUGGUCGCUCAGCAAAGGAUCUUGUCGAAUGGAUUGUACUCACAGGUACCGCGAGCUGCUCAAGCUCCUGAGCCCCAGCAACAAGCGACUCAACAAUCUACCCAGCAGAACACUCUCUUCCCGGGCCUUUUCCCCAAUCAACAACCAUCCCAAACUUCUUCUCAAACCUCUCCAUUCUUCAAUCCAUUUCAACCAUUUCUCCAAAACCUUGGCCUAGCUCCAUCGGCUCCAUCAGCUUCAAAUCCCUUCGGAUUACCCACCUUUCCUCCAAAUCAAUUUUUCAGCACUACCGCCCCAACUCCUCAACAACAAUAUAAUCAGGCCUCGUACUACGGGGUGAACGGCCAACAACAGCAACAGCGAAGUCCCUAUGGAGUACAGCAACAACAACAGCAACAAUAUCAAGGCUAUCAGCAGGCUUCUCAAUCCAAAGCUUUGGCCACAAAUUCGAUCCAACAAUCGACCAACUAUGCUCAACAGGGAAAUCAGGUAGUGGCUCGUUCGAUUGACUCCUCUCCGCAAACGUACGAGAAAAACUUCUACGCCGGAGUGGCAAAGCCACAAGUGCAAUACCCGCAAUGUCCCCGUCAACCCGGCUGGCUUCCGUGUAUCGGUAAACCGGAGGCGAAUCAACGUUUCGCGAACUGUUGCGCAAGAUUGGGUGAAGGCUGUAUGCCACUCUGCAACUAUGAUGCUAAUCUGGCUACAAUGCAACUCAACGUGUUAACCGGUCGUUGCCCACUUCAAAAAGUGCACGAUAUCAUGAUUUGUGCGUCUGGUUACAAAGAUGUGACUCAAUGUUGUGAAGCGUACAACGUAUUCGAGCCAGGCUUCGAGCACUGCCGACCCUACUGUAACCCGGCUGGCGGGCUACCGGAGGGUGGUCUAUUAUCCGAGAAAUACAAAUGCUUAGGGAAAUUGUCAUAUAUUCAGCAAUGUUUCUACGUUUCCCAGAAUCCA